GACGUACCUUCAAGAGGAUGAUAUCACAGAGCAUGAGCUGGCAUCUGUUUAUCCAGCAAUGCAGGCACAUGCAGAUUGGCUGCCCUCAUACUCACUGCGCAUAAAAGCCAACGUAGCGUUUGACUCAGAGGACAUGGUCAGUUUCAGGGAUGAUAUUCACCUCACUCACCACCAUGAUCAUAUCUUUCGCAGCGAUGGCUGGCGUAGCUAUCGCAUCUGACAGCCUGACAAUAACACCAAUGGGUCUACCCUGCGACACCCCUAAUCAAGCGGAGUGCUCGACGGGCAUCAAAAUUUGGAACAACGACAACGAUUUCAUGUAUUUUUGCGGACCUUCAAGCACAAUUGUUUACUACGAGGCAUGUUCGUGUAAAAAUUGCUGUUACAUAGAUGUCCUGGGGAACUACCAGUGUUGAGCCUUGCCUGAUAUAUGCAAGACUCUGGGCGUGAAGAAGUGGUGCGAUGUAAUGUCAAUCAUAUGACAUACAUUAACUUGAU